GCAUGAUGUAAGUACAUGUAACACAUAUACUCUUAUUGGUAAUCUUAGUUCCCACUGGGAUGAAUUGACCGUUUCACAUAAGCUUCUAGCCUAAGAUGCAUUGAGAAAGAAAGGAAUUUUGAGGCCGAUUAAUAAUUUGAAGUUCCACAUAUAAUAUUUGUACAAUUUGGACUUUCACUUGUUCUCUUAUAUUUUCAGUGGAGAGAUGUCUCUACCAAGCUUUAAGCAACUACUAGAACUACUAUGUUCCAUCAGGGGACAUCUCAAUGCUACAAUGUUGCAGUACUCUAAGAGUCAUAUGCAGUGCUUCACUCUUGAGGUCACCCCUCACCAUAUUCACUCCUUACUGUCUACAUGGGCCACCAGCAACCAGGAUCAGCAACUAAGAGCAGACUUAGAUAAAUUACAUGGGGAUGUUCUCUUGGAUGUAACCGCAGGUUAUAAUAUGAAAGACAGUGGUGAUGUGGAAUGUCAAGUGUUACUGGCACAACUGUUGACCUCCUGGCAACCUGGUAGUGGAAACAAACGCCAGAUUGAUAAAAUGGAAAUAUAUUUGGGGUGUGUCAUGGUUAAGUGGCUUGUGGAAUUCAUCCAGAGUGCAAAACCAAAGUUAGAAAUUUUAUCUGAUGUUAUAAAUUGGAUAAAAGUUAACAGUCUAUCGACGUCAAAAUUGGGCAACGCUGUGAAAUCAUGUUUCGUCGGACAGCCACUAGAUGGCACUCCAUGCCUUGCUGCCAAAUUAUUAACUGUGUUCAGUUCAGCGGAUUCCGGAAAACAAGGCACAGAAUCAACAAUGAACAUGAGAUACAAAUUGAAAUCAAACAUUAAUGAUAUAUUUUUUGGUCUAAUGGAUCAUUUACAGAUUCAUUCCUCAGCGACACAGGUGGAUGUGAUCGAUAGAUUCUCUAGUAAAGAUUAUAAAGACAUAUUGAAGGAUGUGUUGCCUAAAGUUCAGGCCAAGUGUGAGCCAGGAGAUAAACAUGUGAUUGAUGUACUGAGUGUGUUCAUAGCAGAACUAUGGAGUAAUUGCCAUGCUCCACAGCAUCUGAAGAUAAUUGUGAAAAACUAUUUUAAGUUGUUGGUAUAAAAUCAAAUGCAUGAAGAUAUUUUGAUUAUAACAAAUCUCUUAAUAAUUUAGGUUUAAGAGCCUUAAAUACUAUAAUGAUAUGUAAACAUUUGACAUGUGACAUAUUAUUGUUGUUUUUGAUUGAUAUCUGUUACAAAGUGUUACAAUACAUUUGCAGGUGUUGACAUCUUACCAAUUGCAAAAUCAUUGUUACAUUUCAUAUGCUUCGAUGAAAUGUUCAUAAUUUCCCAAUUCAUUAUCUCGUCUAAUAAGCUACCUGGAAAGAGAAGUAGACAUAAGGGCAAAAAAGUAUGACUCCCAGUUUCCAUUUCCGUAGAGCACACAGAAUAGUUUUUAUCCACGCAUUUGCAAUAUCUUUGAAUUUUGAUCAUCAUCUACAGAAUUUCACCUUUAAAAGAUAAAUUAUUCUGAAAGUAUAAUGCAUAAUAAUGCAUGGGGUUUUAAUAUAAAGUCAGUAUGACAGACUGUAAAAAAACAAAAGCCUAGUUCGAUUAAGCCAUGGGUUUUCUAAUUGAAAGCUCAUGAUUAAGCCUAUGCUGUAGUUAAAAUCAGUUAAUUAAUUUCUGUGUCUGAUUAUGUGUCUUAUUUAUUCUAAUAAAAAGAUAUGACGCCAACAUUGAAAUAAAUGAUAUGAAAUAUAUAUAGAAAUAUACACAUGUUCUUGAGUCUUGCUAAAAUACGAUUCUAGGGGGUUUCAAUGUAUAGUAAUGACCCAGUCACAUUUGAUCUACGGCAAUGCACGGCGGCCGUAACUUCCCAAAAUCGAGAGAAAUGCAAAGCAUAUAUAGAUUAUCUAUAUCGAUUAAAUCAUAUGCCAAAUAAAAUGAAUCUAUGAGAACGCUCAGUCAUAUUUUCAAGACCUCA